UGAUUGCAGCAUCAGCCCGCUCCGGUACCCAGAGCUGGGGCUACAGUUCACCGUCCUUACCAGAGGGAAAGUGGUAGCAUUCAGUGGCUUCAUGUAAACACAGUGCGUGCCGGGCUUUGUUUCAGUCUCGCUGGGUUACGUUGUUCUAGUCAUGCAAUGGAUAUUUUGUGGCAAUAUCAGUUUAGGAUCAUUUUACUGGGCGACUCCACGGUAGGGAAGUCAUCGUUGCUGAAGCGCUUCACGGACGGGAUAUACAGCGAUGUAGCGGAUCCCACAGUCGGUGUAGAUUUUUACGCUCGCUCGCUUGAUAUUGAACCAGGGAUUAAAAUUAAACUUCAGCUUUGGGAUACGGCUGGACAGGAACGAUUCAGGUCCAUCACCACCUCCUACUACCGCAACUCCGUGGGAGGCCUGCUGGUGUUCGACCUCACCAACCGCAAGGCCUUCGAGCACGUGCGGGAGUGGCACAAGGAGGUGAGCGAGCACAUCCUGCCCCACCACAUGGUCUUCAUCCUCAUCGGCCACAAGAGCGACCUGGCGUCAGACCGCAAGGUGAGCCGCGACGAGGCCGAGAGGCUGGCGGGCGACCUGGGCAUCCGCUACGUGGAGACCUCGGCCAAGUGCAACGUCAACGUGGACCGCGCCUUCGAGCUGCUGACGCGGGACAUCUACGAGCUGAUGAAGAUGGGCGAGAUCGUGACGCGGGACGGCUGGGACGGCGUGAAGAGCGGCCUCACCGCCAAGGCGCUCUACCCCGGCGAGGACGACGACGGCGUAGAGCUGGCCGCCGCCACCGCCGAAAGGGGCUGCAAUUGCUGA